AACUAUUUAUUUAUUUAUUUUGUCAAUUAUAGUUUGUAUAAGAAUGUUUUAAAAUCAUCUUUAAUAAUAAUCUAACGAAGUCGAAUUAUUUGAAUUUCAACGUAGGGUCUUUAAAAAAUGCAGUUUACAUUUCCCUGUAAAAGAAAACGCUGCUAUAACAAAAACUUUAGCUUCACACCGUUUCCGAGUUGCGAAAAUCGUAAUCGUGUUCAAGGAAGAUUUACAGGACUCUCUGUGGAGAUAAUUGAUCCGGGUGGGGCUAAAUCGCUGUAUGACAAUGGUUGUUUUGGCAAAGGAAGCAAAUCCCGAGGAGGACCGACAUCUGGGGAUGAAGAUGAAACGCUGCUCCUAGGAAUGGAGGAGUCCUGUUUUCUGGCCUACUUCCUAGAAAUUUUAGAUAUAAAGAGCCCAACUGGUGCACUUAUGGACUUCCACAUGUUUUUUAAGGCGGCAAUCGAGCUAAAUGAACGAUUUGUGGAAAACUUGGCAUGUUAUUUGUAUCUAAAGUCCAAGAAUUGGGUGAUCAAGAGUGGCAUCAAGUUUGGCGGGGAUUUUCUUGUCUACAAACAAAGUCCCAGUUUGUACCACGCCAGCUUCCUGGUCAUUGUUCAAAUGCCCUCUGACUUGGAUUACUAUAAGUCAAAGAACUUGAAAGGCGUUCAACGGGUGGCUGAAACUUCGGAUAAGGAUGUGCUGCUUCUAACUGUCCAUAAACCUAAGGAUAUAGCUAAGCCAGAGGACCUUCAGGAAACCCGAGUAACAGAGACAAUUGUGCGACGUUUCAAUUACUUAACUUUUGUACAAAGCAAACAACAAUAA